CAAACAACAACGCAAACACAUUGACCCCGCGACAGUUCGCGAGCAGCAUUCUCAAGAUACAGUCUUGGGUCGCUUCUACGAGUAGCAAAUAUGGCGCAUGAAUCUGGGUCGCAAUUGACCACCGCUGCCGCAGCGCUCGAACAGCUGCAAAAGUCACCGCCUCUAAAACUUAUCUUUCUUGCGGAGACACUUGCGCCGAAAGAUAACUCCCAGUCCGCAGACAAACGCACUUCGACGGUCUCAGACGACAGCGAGCAGAAUGGCGACACGCAUCCAGCAGCGCUGCAGGCAGAUCUUCAGCAUUACAAGGAAUUGUUCGGCAAACUUCGCUUCAGCUAUGUCGAGCAGGUCACGAAAGAGAAGUUCCUACGCGGCAUUACCGCGGAUCCACCUAGUCUGGUCGAGGCCACCGAGAACGAGGCAAAAGAGAAAGAUAUUCUGGCUUUGAAAGCCACCUUGAAGCAGCGCAAGGUGGAGAUUGCAGAGCUGUUACAGCAACUUGAGGCCAAGGGUCGAGAGCUGGCACUGCGGUAUGAAGGUGUGCAGCUGAAGACGCAGCAGCUCGCGUCACUACCGGUGGAGAUUGAGGGCCUGGAAGCGAACAUCGAGACUCUAAAAAGAGAACAGAUACCACACUCACAAAAUCCUGAGCUCGCGCUGCCGUUACCGGAGACGUCCCAGCUGGUGGAGCAACGCGAAGCUGAACUCACUGCACUCAACGCACAACUUGCGAAGCUUCAGUCAUCAUUACCAAACCGUGCACGCGAGCUGGAGAAGUUGGAACGAGAACUCAAACCGCUGGAAACACAGAAGCAAGGCAUAGUCGCAGCUGCGAAGGAGGCUAGACGACGGAAAGAAGAUGGCGGUGGCAUUGGAGACGAGCUUGAAGAGAGAGGGCGCUGGCUCAGAGCAUCCGAAGUCGCCUUGAACAAGAUGUUAGAGGUGUGAACUUGAAGUAUUCGCAAUG